GGGCGCUUAUUUGUUAGCUGAGAAAUUUUCAGCAGCUUCAGACAAAAUAAAUUUAAUGUUGAUUAAUUCUAUUUUAAACAAUUUUAUUUUUUCCAUUAUUCAUUGUAAAUUUUAAUUGUUGUUCCAUGUAAAUACAUCUGGUUUCACCAUGCCAGGAUAUCUUAAAUUCAUCGAACUUGAAAACUUCAAGUCUUACAAGGGACAACAAAAGGUUGGCCCAUUGAAACCUUUUACCGCGGUUAUUGGACCCAAUGGAAGUGGUAAAAGUAACUUUAUGGAUGCAAUUAGUUUUGUGCUCGGUGAAAAGGCAUCCAAUUUGAGAGUUAAAAAAUUAUCUGAACUGAUCCAUGGAGCAUCAAUAGGUCGCCCUGUCAGUAAUUCAGCAUCAGUCACUUUGGUGUAUGAAGACUCCGAGAGUGGUCGACAGACAAGGUUUUGUAGGUAUGUGCAAGGAGCCAGCUCGGACUAUAAGAUUGACAACAAUCCAGUGUCAAAACAGGAUUAUGCCAAAAGGUUAGAAACUCUUGGAAUCAACGUGAAAGCUAGAAAUUUUCUUGUCUAUCAAGGAGCUGUGGAGUCAAUUGCCAUGAAAAAUCCACGGGAAAUUACUUCACUGUUUGAAGAAAUAUCUCACUCUAAUGAGUUUAAAGAGUCUUACAUCAAUGAAAAGACUACAAUGGAUCGCAGUGAAGAAGAGUUACAUCAUAUGUUUGUCAAAAAGAAGGGUAUUGCUGCAGAAAAGAAGGAAGCUCAAGGCGAGAUCAAUGAAGCUAAGAGAUAUCAAACUCUUAAAGAGGAGCUUCAUAUUUUACAAGUUAACCAGCAACUUUUCAAAUUGUAUCAUAUACAAAAAGAAAUAGAUGGUCUACAAAGUGACUUGAAAAAGAAAAGAGAUGAUUUGGAUGUACAAGUUCGCAAGAAAGAAAAAGCAGAAGAAGAAAUUAAGAUCAAAAGGCAAAAUCUUAAUAAAAUAACAAAAACAUUGGCCAAUAUCGACAAACAAAUUCGAGAUGUAGAACUGAAUUUGAACAAGAAACGACCUGCAUACAUAAAAGCUAAAGAAAAUGCUUCUCAUAUCGAGAAAAAAUUACAAACAGCCAAAAAAUCAUUGACUGCUGCCAAAAAAGCUGACGAGAAUCAUCAAGAAGCAAUCAUGGAAUUAACUAAAGAGCUGGAAAAAGUUAACGAGAAAAUUGCAGUCUUUGAAAGUGAGAUGAAAGCUGAAGAUGCGAACAAAAAUCGGGAAAUCGUUCUUGAAGAAUCUCAGAGGCGAGAAUACAAUAGGUUGAAAGAAGAAGCUACUCGUUUGUCUUCUAAGUACUUGAAUGACUUGGAUUCAUUGGAGAGAAAGCAAAAGGCUGAUUCUGACAAAUACGAACAAGAACAAAGAGACCAACAACAAAUCCAGUCCAGAAUAAGAGUUUUGCAAAAUGAACUCGAAGAAAAUAUGAAAAGAAUUGACAAGCUUAAAGAUAACAUUUCAAUGAGUGAACAAAGUCUCAGUGAGUUAAGAAAAAAGGAGAAGGAAAUUGACGAAAUUGUCAGAUUUGCGAAAGAACGAGUCACCACCAUCAAUAAGAAACUUGAACAAAUAAACGGUGAAUUGGGAGAUGCCAAGGUUGACCGUCACGAAGAUGAAAGAAGGAGAAAGAAGGCUGAAGUUGUUGAUCAUCUAAAGAAACUCUAUCCCGGUGUUUACGAUCGUAUGUUAAAUCUUUGUAAACCCAUUCAUAAGCGUUACAACAUGGCUAUCACCAGAGUUAUGGGUAAACACAUGGAGGCAAUUGUUAUAGAUAAAGAAGAGACUGCUCGAAGAUGUAUUCAAUACCUCAAAGAUCAAAUGAUGGAGCCUGAAACUUUUCUACCUCUUGACUAUAUCGAAGUGAAACCUUUGAAAGAACGUCUCCGAAACAUUCAAAGUCCAAAAGGUGUGAGACUUGUUUAUGAUGUUUUGAAGUACGAUCCUCCGCAAAUUGAACGAGCUGUUCUAUUUGCCACCAAUAAUGCAUUAGUCUGUGAAACUCCUGAGGAUGCUGCUCAAGUUGCUUUUGAUUUGGGUGAUGGUCGUCGUUAUGAUGCUGUUGCACUAGAUGGUACUUUCUAUCAGAAGUGUGGUUUCAUCUCUGGAGGUUCCGCAGAAUUAGAAAGAAGAGCCCGUAGAUGGGACGAAAAAGAAGUCCACAAAUUGAAAUAUGAAAAAGAAAAAUUAGCUGAAGAAUUGAAAGAACAGCUAAAGAAAACUCGUAAAGAAAGUGAUCUAAUGGUAAUUCAAAGCCAAAUUAAAGGUUUGGAAACCCGUUUACGUUACUGUAGGAUCGAUAUGCAAGCCGCUGAGAAGCGCAAUGAAGAAAUUAAAAAGGAGAUAACGGAAAACGAGAAAAAAUUACAAAAUGAGAAUCCUGAAAUGGUUGAACUUAAAGAAGCCAUGUCAUCCCGGGAAGCACAAAUUAAUGAAAUUAAAACAGCUAUGAAUACCGUUGAAGAUGAAAUUUUUGAAAGUUUCUGUAAGGAACUUGGAGUUGCCAAUAUUCGUCAGUAUGAGGAACGUCAGACUCAAGCAAGUCAAGAGUUUGCUAACCGUAAAUUGCAACUGGACAAUGAAAAGAAUGCAAUUCUUAGUAGACUGUCCUAUGAAAAAAGUAAAGAUACGUAUGAUAACGUCAAACGUUGGGAGAAAGCUCUUCAAAUGGAGGAAAAAAAUCUCGAAGAUGCUAGAGCAACUGAGAAGAAAGAGAUGAAAGCCAUCGAGGAGGAAAUGGAUAGAGUGGAAGAAUUGAAAACUGAAAAAAUUCAAAAGAAAACUGAAUGUGACAAAGUAGAGGAUGCUAUAUCAGAGGAUAAACGUGCUCUAUCUAGUGUUCAAAAAGAGAUCAGUACCAUUCAGAAAUCGCUGAUGGCUCUUGAAUGUCGAUUAGAAUCAAAAAAAGCAGAUCGUCAUGCAGUUUUGACAACUUGCAAACUCGAGUGCAUUGAAUUACCUCUAGUAAGUGGAUCUCUAGGCACAAUAAGUUCCAAAGAUAGAAAUGGAAGUCAAAACACUGCAAACGGUACGGCUAACGGCACCGGAGGCGAUGAUGAUGAUUUUGAUGAUGAAGGAGCUCCAUCUACACAGCGUUCUUACGACAAUGACUCAACCAUAAUUCCAGACUAUUCAACGUUGAAAAAUAGUCUCAAACAUAUCGAUGAGCCGGAGGCAAUUAGAAAAAAAGAAACUGAAAUGAUGGGUGAAAUAAAUGCAAAAAAAGAUACUCUGCGAAAGAUCCAAGCACCGAAUAUGAGAGCAAUUGAUAAGUUGGAUGAUGUCCGAGAGCGUCUGCGAGAAACUGACAGUGAACUUAAUAAUUUGAGAGAAGCAUCAAAAAGAGCCAAGCAAAAUUUCGAAAGCGUCAAAAGACAACGUCUAAACGCAUUCAAUACUUGCUUUGAGGCUGUAGCUGCUCGAGUUGACAGUAUUUAUAAAUCUUUAACCGCCAACCAAAGUGCCCAAGCCUUCCUUGUUCCUGAGAAUCCGGAAGAACCUUACCUUGAAGGUAUUAAUUACAACUGUGUUGCUCCCGGUAAACGAUUCCAGCCUAUGAGUAACCUCAGUGGAGGUGAGAAAACAGUGGCCGCUCUUGCGUUGCUGUUUGCAAUUCAUUCCUAUAAACCAGCUCCGUUUUUUGUUCUCGACGAGAUUGAUGCUGCUCUCGAUAAUACCAAUAUCGGAAAGGUCGCUAGAUUUAUUCGUGAAAAAACAGAAUCAGAUACUCAAUGUAUCGUAAUCUCUUUGAAAGAGGAAUUUUAUGGUCACGCUGACGCUGUUGUUGGUGUAACAACCGAUCCUGGUGACUGUACAAUCAGCCACAUUUUCCUUGCAGAUUUAAGCUUAUAUCAGGAAUAGUCAAUCAUCAUUACCAUUAUUCAUUAUGUAUUACAUUCAUCCUUCAUCAGAUAUCCGUUUCAUUAUUACAUAAACAUAAAAAAUAUAAAUAUAAAAAAGGUAAAUGCCGAAGCACUGUUUGCGAUAAAUCUGAUCAUCAAAAUUAAGAGCUGUAACUUUAAUUGAUCCAAGUUGAAGGGAUAUUCUCAAAAUCGUUUUCAUCACUUCUCAUCCAUUGAAUAAAACUCAUUUUAAGAAUUACCAAAGACACACAUUAUGGUAUUUCAUUUAUACCAUAGUAUUAUCGAGGAUACGCAAUUCAACGCUUCAUAAUCAUCAGGAAACAUCAGUAAUUUGUUUGAAUUUCACAAUUUCUUAAAACAAUUCAAACGCUAACCUAAGGAUAAUGGCUAAAGAAAUGUUUAUUAAACACUUGAAUUGGUCAAGACGUUAAAUUGGAAAGAUUGGAUUAUAACUGGCUAACUUGAGACAGAUAUUCUGAUGAAAAUGAUUUUGAUAAUUCCAACCAAUAUCAUUGUAAUUAAUACAAUAAAAUACUUAAAUUACAUUUUUAGAUGAGACUUGGAAACGAAAUCUUCACAUUAACCAAAUCUAUCGAAAAUGGUCAAGGAAGCAACAAUAUUUUAUUUCAUUUCACGAAAAUUCACCUGAUUAUUCCUUUUUUAUUCUUACUCAAACCAUCAUUCAAAAAUCAACUAAUAAUGUAAAAAGAUUCAAAAUUAUGGAAAUCACUAUAUUCAUCAUUCAAAAAUUUUUCACUCUACUGUUUUCUUUCCAUCAUUAAACCAAUUACCGUAAAUGUUGAAAA